UGUACGAGAAGCCAAACCUGUGGUGGCUGCGUGUCACGAUUGUUGAGGUUCAGGGUGUUACAGUAAGACACGAUGAUGGGGCGGCUGCUGACGGCCGCAAUGCACAGAGAGACACAGAGUUGCGUUGCAGGGCAAGGCUAGGGAAACAGAUCCAGAGAACUAGGGCAGUUACAAAGCAAACGACGACCAGUGGUAGUUACGAAUGGAGGUAUGAAUGGAAACAAGACCUCCUGUUGGUUGCCGCAGAACCAUUCUUUGAGGGUGUCCUCGAGCUAGAAGCGGUAAUAGAUAGUAGUAAGACUGUCAUAGGCCAACUCAUUUUACCGCUGUCUGCGAUCGGUACAAGUGGCGACAUGCCAGUGCCAGACCGGUGGUUUGAUCUUACAAGGCCUGCUGCGGCAGUACAGCUGGAGGACUCUGUGGACAUUGCCAACAGCCGCAUGAGAAUCUGCCUCAACGUCAUUCUGGACGGCAGAUACCAUAUCGUGCACGACUCCCGAGGCUACCUGGACGAUACAAGACCCGCUGACAGGGCGCUCUGGAGGGCCCCGAUCGGCAGGGUUCAUCUCGGAAUACUGCGCGCCACUGGUCUCCCGCUUAGAAAGAACAGAUCAGCGAUGAACCCCUACUGCGUUGCCAAGUACGGCGACAAGUGGGUUCGGACUCGCACCGUCCUCGACGACGGCGGCGCGGAGCAUGUAUUCAAUGAGCAGCACACGUGGAGCGUGUACGACAUUGCCACCGUGCUCACCGUGGGCGUCUUUGACCACUGCCCCGACGCCCCCCAUAGGGAGAUCGGCAAGGUACGGAUCCAUCUGUCUUCCCUCGAGAGGGGCCGUAUAUACGCACACUCGUACCGGCUUAUCAUCCUGGAACGAGAUGGGGUCAAGAGAACCGGCGAGCUGCAGCUAGCGGUGAAGCUGUCGUGUGGCAUCGCCCUCCUGCGCACGUACGCACGGCCCGUUCUGCCCAGGAUGCACUACACGCACCCCCUGUCGGCUACGGAGAACGAGGAGCUCCGGUCGGGGGCAGCUAACGUGAUGGCCCUCCGGUUCGGCCGGGCCGAGCCACCCCUCAGGAGCGAGGUUGUGGCGUGCAUGUGCAGCGCCGCCGCAAGCGGCUACCACCACUGGUCCCUCAGGAAGAGCAAAGCGAACUUCCACCGGCUCGUGCAGCUGGCGUCCCCAUUCGUUUCUCUGUUCCAUGGCGUGGAGAGCGUGAGGUCAUGGAGGGAUCCUGCUGCCACCUUGCUUGCCCUGGCCAUCUUUUUCGUAGCCCUGUGGUUCCAUGAUCUAGUGCCUACGAUGCUGUUCCUCUGUGUCGUCUUCAAGGGCGUGUGGAACUACCGGUUCAGACCAACACUACCCCCAUACGUUGACUACCGUGUUUCUUAUUUAGAUGUUGUGCAUCCAGAUGAGCUUGAUGAGGAAUUCGAUACUUUCAAGUCAAGUCGGGAAGCUAAUCUGCUAAGAAUGAGGUAUGACAGGCUGAGGAUGAUUUCCGGCAGGGUUCAAACUGUUGUGGGUGAUAUAGCAUCUCAGGGGGAGAAGAUCCGGUCAUUGCUAAGCUGGAGGGAUCCUAGAGCAACUGCAAUCUUUCAGCUCUUCCUUCUCACGGCGGCGGUUGUUGUGUAUCUUGCACCAAAGAAGCUUCUCGUGGGACUAGCAGGGCUUUACAUAAUGAGGCCUCCAAGGUAUCGAGAGAAGAAUACACCGUCCACGAUCGCCAGCUUCAUUUCUCGAUUGCCGAGCAACAGAGAUAAUCUCAUGUAAGGUCGAGAUUUCUCGUUUGAAUAAUGGACGAUUUGAAUUAAGAUAAUCGAUCUUAAAUGCACUAUGAUUUUUCUGAUAGAUCGGCCCAGCUCACGCUGCAUACACCUAAUUUAUAGGUAAUUUUACCAACAUAAUUUAAGACGGUACUAAUGUUACAACGUUUACAAGCAUGCACUUUCUCGAGAGUAAUAAAAUUGUCCUCUACU